CAAUACCUUAUGAUUAAUAAAAUAAACAUUUACCUUAUAUCACUUAAUAUUUGCCUUUCAAAUUCCACCCAUAGAACGUAAUUUUGUCAAUCAAAGAAAAGAAGGCUGAGAAGGGAGAAGAAUCGUGUGGCCCCCACUUCUUUCAGUCAACUUCCUUAAAAGCCCUCCUCCCGCCUCCUCUCCCCACCCAUUUGGUCCCUGUACUUGUUUUUAUUUUUUUAUUUUUUCUGAAUGAUUCUUACCGUAGAGAUUCAUCGUCAAAUAUCUUUAAUUCUUUGACAAUAGUCUGGGAAAAUGGACACCAUUCCCAUCCCUAUUGAUCUUCAUCUCCAUCCACAAAACCAAUUCCAUACCCACGCACCCCAUUCCUGAAAAUUUCACCUUUGCUGGAUUUUUGGUGUUUCUAGUCGAUCAUAUUGAGAUCAUUAUUUUUAAUUGAAGAUCCGGCAAAAUAAAAAUAUUGAUCGGCAAGGAACACAUGAAUAUGAUGACAAUGGAGAGCGUGAUGGAUAAAGGGGUAUUGGAUGAUAUUAUCAGGAGGCUAUUGGAAGGCAAGGGAGAAAAACAGGUUCAGCUCUCCGAGGCUGAGAUCCGGCAGAUUUGCGUCAACGCUCGCCAGAUCUUUCUCUCUGAGCCUACCCUCCUUCAACUGCGUGCCCCCAUCAGGAUCUGUGGUGAUAUACAUGGCCAAUACCAUGAUCUAUUAAGGCUCUUUGAAUACGGGGGCUAUCCGCCUGCAGCUAACUAUCUUUUUCUAGGGGACUAUGUUGAUCGCGGAAAACAUAGUUUAGAGACAAUUUGUUUGUUACUGGCUUACAAAAUACGUUAUCCGGACAAAAUGUUCCUACUCAGGGGAAACCACGAAGAUGCAAAAAUAAACAGGAUUUAUGGAUUUUAUGAUGAAUGCAAAAGGAGAUUUAAUGUUCGCCUUUGGAAGAUUUUCACAGACUGCUUUAAUUGUUUGCCUGUCACUGCACUUAUUGACGAAAAGAUCCUUUGCAUGCAUGGAGGGCUUUCCCCAGAGCUAAACAGUUUAGAUCAAAUAUCAGAAAUUCAGCGGCCAACAGACAUUCCAGAUAAUGGUUUGCUAUGUGAUUUGCUCUGGUCUGAUCCAGAUGCCAAAAUAAAGGGUUGGUCAGAGAGUGAUCGAGGAGUUUCGUGCACUUUUGGGGCAGAUACUGUAGCAGAGUUUUUGAGAAAAAAUGAUUUGGACCUCAUUUGUCGAGGUCAUCAGGUGGUUGAAGAUGGAUAUGAAUUCUUUGCUAAGCGAAGGCUCGUAACCAUAUUUUCUGCUCCAAAUUAUGGUGGAGAGUUUGACAAUGUAGGUGCUCUAUUAAGUGUUGAUGAGCAACUGGUAUGUUCUUUUGAAAUACUAAAACCAGCAUCCACUUCAAAGUUGCCCCUUAAAAAGCCCCCAAAGAUUGGAGGGACCUGAACUGUUAGAAGGUGUAUAUGGAGAUAUCUCAGAGUAAACAGCAUAACACUGGCAAAAUUCUUGAUUUCAUUUGCUGGUUCAUUUGCUUGUCGUCAAUACUGGAGCCAAACUGUAUAUUGACAGCAUAAGUUAGAUUCAGACAAUUAGCUUUAUACACAAGUAGAUGGCUUCGCUUUACACCCUUCUCAUGUUCGCUAAUAGCUUCUGAAUCAGCUCCUGAUGUCCAUUCCCUUUGCUUUACACUCUGUACACUCUGUAUGUAAUUUGUACUUUUGGUUAUGGAAUGCUUUAUCUAGUUCUACUGUUCAUCAAAUAAGCUUUACAAUUGGUG